AUGGCAUCUCAUGCUGCGAUGCUCCUGAAUCCGAAGGGUGCUAAAAGACAAGCUCAAGGCAAUGGUAAUCCUCCCUUUUCUUCUUCCCCAGCGAGUGAUUUACCUCCCGUGGAUGCUGUCGCUAUGUCCCGCGAGCUUUCCCAUGACACGCCUGAGUCUAUGACUUCUUCUUCUGCAUUUUCUUCUCCUGCUGCUUCUUCUCACGUGGACACAAUGGAUGCCUCGGCCAUGCCUAGAGAUCUUAAUGACUCACCUGAGGCUCCUGUCCAUCUUGGCACUCAGAUGGAUACCCAGCCUAUCUCCGAGGACAUGAUGCAUCCAGCUCAAUCUUGUGUCUUUUCUGCCCCUCAGAUGGAUACUUCAGUUAUGCAUACAACGUCUCUUAGCCCAACUGACUCUUCCCCCCCUCGUGCUCCAAAUUCGCCGAGUCCAUCUUCGAGCCUUUCUUCCCACAAUUUAUCUCAUCUUGUUACUUCUCCCCCAGCAGACCCCAUGAUUCUCAACUCCACGGAUUCCCAAGGCUUACUUUUGGAAGGACCAGGAAAACAGCCGGGAAAUGGUUCAUCUUCUGCCUCUCCCAUGGCUCCUUCGGGCACUACAGCCGCUACGCGCUUCCAUCAACCCACUAUUCGCACGUCUCCGAGUGCGGCGUCUGGAAUCUCUACCCCGGCUAUGAAGUCAGAAUCCAGUCUGACUGUGCAGUUCAGCACCACGCAUGAUGAAGACAACGAAAGCGACACGAAAAGAAGUCACCACGAGAUGAGCGAUGACGAAGACAUGAUUUACCGCCCCAAUUUGAUCGAGAAUGUCUAUGGCGUUGAAAAAAGGAAAAACCAACCGUCGAAGAAGAUUAAGACUGAUCAUGAUGUGGAAGAUAAACAGAACAUGACCAAAGCACCGAUCUCGAUCCCUGGAGAUAGCGGGCUUGGGAAGUGGAUGAAAGAGGAGAAUGCGAAAUCAACCCCGGUUUCCACUACACCCAGCGUAGUGGAUUUGACAGCAGACCUUCCGAGCACGCCCCAGGACGAUGACGAAGUCCAAUGCACCGGUUCAACAGAUCUCAGCGCCCAGCGUGUCUGCUUCGGCAAAGUUGAAAACGCAAUGAUCGUUUCGCACACAGUUCCCAAACCAGGACACUCUGUUUUCACUGACUGGUCCCACGCUUGGCCGUCUAUCAAAUUAGACAUACAACGCCAGCCGGUGAAAGGAAAUCUUCAGAUCCACGUCGCGGACCCUCACGGCAAAGUGUUCGGUUCAAUCGACCCUAAAACGGCACAAGGAUUGUGUCCGCUCCUAGACUCCGAACCAAAAAUUAUCGAUGUGACAGCCUUAUUGGAUAUCCGGAGAACCUCACCAGAUGAGGAAAUAUGGGGUCCCUCCUCAGGACUAUGGCGUGCAACUCUCAAUAUAUACGGCCAAAGAAAGCACGCAGAGGCUGUCGGCAACUUCCUAUCUCACCGUAACAUCUGGCUAGGAACUCCAAAUUCCGUGGACAAAGGAAUUACUGUAUUCAAUCCACACGCAGAGCGCCGACGCCAGCUUGCCGCAAGCACUGCCGCCAACAACUCUGGCCGGUCUCGCCCAGGGCCAACCGUCCGAUAUGAAGCGCGAACUGCCGAAGAGGCCAAUGAUGCAGUCAUGAAGAUGUUCGACCAGCUUGCCAACGCGAACAUUCCGACGAUGGAGCCAUCUCCUCACAUCACUACAAAAAUGCUCCAUCACCAAAAGCAAGCACUUUGGUUCAUGACAGAGAAAGAAAAGCCGCGCAAAUUUGGCCGAAAAGAAGAAGACAACAAUUCUUUGUGGCGAAUGGAACGUGCACCAAAUGGGAAGACUCAGUACCGUGAGAUUAUCACUGGAAUGAUCUCAGAGCAAAAGCCUGAGGAAGCUCUAGGUGGCUUGCUAGCCGACAUGAUGGGCCUGGGCAAGACUCUGAGUAUUCUCUCGUUGAUCACCUCAUCGCUUGCGUUAGCUGAAGACUGGACUGAGAUGGCUCCUGAUCCCGUCCUUGUUCGCCGAGCUCCAGGAAUUCGAAACACACGGACAACACUAUUAGUUGUCCCAUUGAGUGCAGUGAGCAACUGGGUGACACAGAUCAAGGACCAUCUCAAGCCAGACUCCAUCAGCUACUACGUCUUCCACGGUCCAUCGCGCACCACGGAGUUCAGGGAACUUUCCAAGUACGAUAUCAUUAUCACGACAUACAGUACCAUUCUCAGCGAGAUCUCAGGGCGUGGCGCCAGAAGUGGAAAAUUGAGUCCUUUGACAAAAAUGAACAUGUUCCGAAUUGUUCUUGACGAAGCUCAUAUCAUCAGAGAACAAAAUGCAGCACAGACCAAGGCGAUCCUUGGGCUCAACUCCGAGCGUCGGUGGUCGGUUACCGGAACCCCAAUCCAAAACCGCAUGGAAGAUCUCCUCUCUGUGACCAAGUUUUUACGGAUUGCCCCUUACGACCAACGCAGUCAAUUUUCCCAGCAUGUAUCUAGCCCGGUCAAAAAUGGUGACCCCAAUGUACUUGCCAGGUUGCGAGUUUUGGUGGAUUCAUUCACCUUGCGCAGAGUCAAGGACAAAAUCAAUCUGCCACCCAGGACAGACAAUAUCAUCACACUAGAAUUCACUGAGCAAGAACAGCAAUUGCAUGACUUCUUCCGCGCGGAAUCGAAUGUGAUGAUGAGUGUCAUUGCUGGUGAGGAGAUGCGCAAGAUGGGUGGCCGGAUGUAUCACCAUGUUUUGAAAGCCAUGAUGAUUCUCCGCCAAGUCAGCGCACACGGAAAAGAGCUUCUUGACACUUCAGACCGGGAGAGAGCAAAGGGAAUGUCCGUUAACGACGCAAUUGACCUGGAGGAGGGCGACUCGGACGAAACCCCGGCAGCCAUAGACAAGAAGGCAUAUGAAAUGUUCGCCCUAAUGCAGGAAACCGCAGUUCCCCGGUGUGGCAAUUGCAAUCGAGAACUCGAUGAACCUUUGAACUCAAUCGGAGCUGUCGCCCGUAACUCUCCAAUGGCUUUUGCCCUCCCAUGCUCCGAUAUCUUCUGCCCCGGUUGCUUCUCUGGCUGGAAAGAAGCAUUCGAUUCGUCUCCCGACGCCCAGAUCCGUUGCCCUAGAUGCGAAGGCUGGGUUCACAUGAAAUACUCAACUAUCACGCCUGCUGGCUUUGAAGAAUACGAGGCCCAAAAGGAAAGUAAUCGGCAAACCCGGAAGCUGGGCAAGAAUCUGGGUGAAUACGAAGGACCGCACACCAAAACCAUUGCACUGGUCAACUACCUCAAGGAAAGUGUCGAAGAUAGCAAGAAACUCGAAGGCGAGUCGCCGAUCAAGAGUGUCGUGUUCUCUGGAUGGACCUCGCACCUGGAUCUCAUUGAGAUCGCCUUGCAAAACAAUGGGCUUGACGGGUAUACUCGACUCGAUGGUACCAUGACCCUUGCAGCGCGCACCAAGGCACUUGAGGAAUUUGCCAACAAUGACAACAUCAAAGUUCUUCUGGCAACCAUCGGUGCCGGUGGUGUGGCCCUGAAUCUCACCUCUGCCUCGCGUGUUUUUAUCAUGGAACCCCAGUACAACCCAGCAGCCGUUGCUCAGGCGAUUGACCGUGUUCAUCGCCUUGGCCAAACUCGCCCCGUGCAAACCUUCCAAUUCGUGAUGAAGGGCAGCAUCGAGGAGAAGAUCAUGGACCUCGCCAAGAAGAAGCAAGAGAUGGCCGACACGAGCUUGAAUCGCGUAAAGCGGGACAAGCGAGAGACCCAAGAGGCUCGCAUGCGUGAAUACCGCAAUCUCUUCAGGUAG